AUGAUUAGAUUUGCAUCUGGAAGACGCACAAUACCUGGGACUAACUCCCACAAGGUUGUGAGCAUCAGGCCUGUGAGCUGGCCGGUCUCUCGUCUCUGCCACAGCGAUUCACAAAGCACCUCGGAGAGAGGCAACGCCAAAGAGGGUUUCAGUUUGAGGGCCCUAACCCAGGCUCCCUCACCAGCUCUUUACCUUGGAUUCUCUGGACUCAUCCCUUUCCUGUCUGCUCCUGUCCUGAUGGCUGCCACACAGUCCUUCUACCCUGCUGCAUAUGCUCAAGUGGUCUAUGGAGACUCUAUUGUCUCCUUCCUGGGAGGUGCCCGCUGGGUUGCCAUCCCUGUCGGUAGUCCUGCUCAGCCUGACUGGAUGAACUUGGGCAACAGUGUGGUGCCGUCCCUUCUGGCCUGGCUGGCACUGCUCUGCAGGGACAAUAUUGCAGAGGGAGCCCUGGUAGUUAUUAUGGGACUGGGUCUCUCUCUGCACUAUGACCUGACCCUGCUGCCUGGCUACCCUUCCUGGUUCAAAGCCAUGCGAACUCUCCUCACUCUGGUCGCCACCUUCUCACUAGUGGCUACCCUGACAAUUAAAAAACUCUGCACUGAGAAGAAGAUCAAAGAGUUUCAGAACUAAUGUAUGA